AACUAUGACAGAACCUUUAUAAAUAUUAUGUAGUUUUUUUUAUUACAGCAAUUUUGGAUGUUAAUUCUUUGCCCAAAAAAAUUGAAAGCAUGUGAUUUUGAGUAUCUUACACUUUAACUACCCACUUUAAUACUUUUACUUUAAUAAACUCUCACCUAUUUUUAUGACUUUUGGUCUCAUUCCUUUUGACGUAACACUACUAUACUAUACACUUUUAUAUACAUAUCUAUAGUGAAGUUUUUCAGAAAACAAAUGAUCGCUAUUACAUAUUGUACUAAUUACAUAAAUGAUAAUUCUUCACCUCGUCUUAAUUAAUAUGCCUGUCUAUCCUUUCAUAAACGUAAUGAGAUGCAAUAAUAAUAUUAUGAUGAACUUUGAAAAAGUUUCUCUGUUUUGCUGUCUGUACCAAAUACAUUCAACUACAAAUAGAGCUACGGUCAGGAAAUAAACAACUUUCAAAAGUUGUGAAGCCAUAGGUUACCUAACGGAAAAGUUUGAAAAAAUCGCAAAAGAGAAAUAGAAAAUUAUACUUUGUUAUCAGUUUUCUCAGAAAUCGGUAUUUUAUGUGAUUAGUAUUCAGCCAUAAAACAAAAAAAGCAUUAUUUUGACAGACAAUUUAGUGCUAAAGACAAAUUACACUGGUAAACAGUAUUUUUGUUAAACAAAAUCGAGUCGGUUUUUUAAACACUACUACCUACCCGCAUAUAAACCACAUACUUAGUUUUGUUCAAUCACCCUCAGUUUUCGUUAAUCAUAAACUAAAUUGAUUACGCGAAUUUUGCUUACCGACGUAAGUUUCCGAUAAAUUAAUAUUGAAUUAUUGAAAUUAAAACGGUUUUUUUUUGUGAUUGUCGUUUCUGUACAUCGUAAUAAGAUGCCCAGAGUGUGUGUUAACCAUCCUGAUAACUUUUGUUACAUUUGCAGUCAACUUAUUAUUAAAAGUCAACGUCGUAAUUUGACACCAUUAGUUAAAAACUGUUUUUUUAAUUAUUUUGGCUUUCCGGUGCGAAAUUUGGACAAAACCUGGACUCCUAGUGUUUGUUGUGCACAAUGUGUUAGUUUAUUAACAUCAUGGGCUAAAGGAUCUCCUCAUAUGCCGUUUGCAGUUCCAAUGAUAUGGUCUGAACAGAAAGACCAUGUAUCAGAUUGUUAUUUCUGCCAAACUUCUAUCAAAGGUAUUAAUCACACAUCUAGACACACCGUGAACUAUCCGAAUUUUCAAUCUGCUCAAAGACCUAUCCCACACAGUGAUGAUCUGCCUGUUCCUCAGACUCCAGUAAACACGGAUGACGUGAUUGAUGAAGAAAAUGUAUCUGAGAAUUCUGAUUCCGAUCUAACUUUUGAGCCCAGUACUUCAAAUACGGCGCCUCAUUUUGUAAAUCAAAACGAUCUCAAUGACCUUGUACGUAAUUUGGAUCUCAGUAAAAGACUGGCAGAACUCUUGGCUUCCCGAUUUCAUGAUUGGAAUUUACUAGAAAAAAAUACCAGAAUAUCCGUAUACAGAAAACGACACACGCACAAUAUGGGAUGCAGUAUGUCGCUCAAGAUACACUUCUUACCCUUUCAUUUGGAUUUUUUUCCUCAAAAUUUGGGAGCCAUUAGUGAUGAACACGGCGAGCGAUUCCAUCAGGAUAUAUCCAACAUGGAAAAACGGUACCAAGGCAAGUGGAGUCCGAACAUGUUGGCUGAUUACUGUUGGACACUCAAAAGAGAUGUACCUGACGCUAAAUAUUCCCGAAAAUCCUGAAUAAAAGUCAAAUGUUAGUUGUUUUUCUUGAUUAAAUUCAAUUUUCAACCAUAUUUACUUAAAAAAAAAGUGUAUUGCAGUUACAAGAAAACUAAGGGUGACUGAAACUUUUUAAAAAUGCAGAUUAUUAACAGGCUAAUUGUAGAUACAAAAUAUCUCAUUCAAAUUAAUUUAGAUAUUCGAAAUUGAUUUAUAAAAACCACCUUUUGUCCUCUUCCGUAGGAUGUCAACAAGGUGACCCACUCGGGCCGGCACUUUUUGGUUUAGCUAUUCAUCCAAUUAUUUCAAAUCUAAAUUCUAAAUUCAAUGUGUGGUAUCUGGAUGAUGGUACGUUAGGAGGAGAAGCCGAAUCAGUUUUUUCAGAUCUAAAAUAUCUAAUCGAAAAUUUAGAAAAUUGUGGCCUAGAGUUAAAUUUUAGUAAAUGCGAGCUCUAUAUUCCUAGUACAGUCAAUGAAAAAGAAUCCAUAAUUUCCAAAUUUAAUGCUCUAGCUCCGGGCAUAAAAAUCAUAUGUAAACAGUCACUUUCACUUUUAGGGUCUCCAAUUUGUGAUGAAUAUUUCAAUCAGUUCACUGAACAAAAAGUAAUAAAAUUUAAGUCAGUUGCUGAUCGUUUACUAAAAAUUAAUAAUCAAAUGGCUUUCACAAUUAUGCGUUAUUAUUUGUUUGUUCCUCAAUUUACCUAUGUUUUACGUUCAGCACCUUUUUGGAAACACACAAACCUUACACUUUCAAUGGACAAAGCAAUAAAAGAAAUUGUUUCCACUAUACUUAAUAUCGAUAUUAGUGACAAAAUUUGGGACCAGGCUUCUCUUCCUAUACGCUUCGGAGGUUUAGGUUUACGCAAAAUUUCUAGUGUUGCCCUUCCAGCAUUUUUAUCUUCGGUCCAUAGCACCUAUGACCUGAAUAAAAAAAUAUUGUCUAAAACAUCUUUAGCUGCUGCUAUCUCCAAUAUGGCCGAGGCAAAAACUGCUUGGGAGAUAUUAUCUGGAAGUGAUUUUCCAACAGUAAUGACAGCUCAAAAACAUUGGGACGAGCCGCUCUGUAAAUUGGUACGGAAUAAUCUAUUAAACACGUCUGCCAAUUCUGCAGAGCAUGCUCGUCUCUUAGCUGUCGCUGAGUGGGAAUCCGGUCUUUGGUUACAAGUAUUGCCGUCAUCGACUGUUGAGACACUUCUAGAUAAUACAACUUUUCGCCUUUCAGUUUGUCUUCGCCUGGGGGCAACCUGUAAUCUCCCCCAUCUUUGCCCUUGCGGUGAAACGGUGGACUCUUUAGGUCAUCACGGCUUAUCUUGUAGCAGAAGUGCCGGUCGUAUCUCUCGACAUGCAAGUAUCAAUGAUAUUAUCCGUCGAGCUCUUGCUACGGCGUCAGUGCCAGCCAUUCUAGAACCGAACGGGCUGACUCGCGACGACGGUAAGAGACCUGAUGGGAUGUCUUUGGUACCUUAGAGGAUGGGUCGACCCCUAGUAUGGGAUGCCACCUGCGUUGAUACUUUGGCGCCAACUCAUCUUCCACGAACAUGUCUUGAGGCGGGUGUAGCCGCCGCUGCUGCAGAAAGCCUCAAACGGCGAAAAUAUUCAGGUAUAAGUAAUACCUACAUAUUUGAACCGUUUGGGGUCGAAACGAUGGGUCCGUGGGGCCCUGGAGCCCAUCGUCUUUAUCAAGAGUUAAAAAAGAAACUUUUUGACAGGUCAGGUGAUCAGAAGGCUGGUUUGUACCUCGCCCAAAGAAUUAGUUAAGCUAUUCAAAGAGGUAACGCUCGCAGCCUUCUGGGUACCUUACCUGUAGGCAAUGAUCUGGGAGACAUUUUUAAUUUAGUUUAGUUAUUAUUUUAAGUUUAGAUAAGUAGUUUUAAUUUAAUAUGUAUUUUAGAAGAUAUAUAAUAUGUUACAAUGAAAUAUUGUAUUG